AUGUGGUACUCGCUGUGUGGUAGCAGUAUCGGCGGCAUCUUCUUCGAUGAGGGUUGGCCCGAAUGUGGGGACAACAAUCAGUACGUGGACCUGUAUAAGUACAUUAAUGACUACACCAAGCGUGCGCAUCCCGGCGCAUUCACAAUCCUGAACCCUGGGUCGCCUAUGGCGUCUUGCUUCGAGGAUACUAUGGACACACUGCUGACCUUCGAGCUAGAUUACGCGGCGUACACUAAUUCCUAUACACCAAACGAUUGGACACCAAAAGACCCGCGGAAGCUCUGGCAUAUCGUAUACAACGUACCGGAAUCUGCGAUUAGUGAGGUUACUAAAUUAGCAAAGGAUCGUGGAGCUGGCUUUCUUCAACUGAUAAAUGAUCUUUUACCUAAUCCAUACGAUAAUCUGCCUGCUGAUUCCUAUAUGCAGAGCAUGAUCGGAGAGGUCGAUGGCGGUUCUUUGUUGAAUGAUAAUGCAUCCUUAUGGGCAUCCGGAAGCAGCGCAGGAGCAGUAUUAGGACUGUCGAUCUCGACCUCGGACUAUAGUUCCGCUAAAUUGUCCUGGAAUACGGCCUCGAAUGCUCUUGGGUAUUCUAUAUUUUCAGGCGACGAUCUGCUUGCAAGCGUUCUAAGCUUAAUGACUUCAAUCACAAUUGGCGGUCUCCAGCUAGGGGCUAAGAACGACUUGCACGUAAGUGCUGUAGGAGGAGGUGGGACUUUGGGGCCCUCUUCAAAUAUAGUAACUGUCAACACAAAUUCUUUACCGGGCGGGAAGACCGUCAUCAAUUAUCAUUCCUCUCCUGGAGCGGAUUCAACAACGAUCAAGGCCGAUAUUCUCGUUCCUUACGCUUUUGUCCGCCUCUAUAUCUGGGAUUCCGUGGGAUGUGAGUUUGAUACCGACCCCGGAUGGAGUGUCAAUUUCAAAACCGAUGAAUACGUCUGCACUAAAUACAUGGUUGAGGGAAUCACGCUAUAUAAUUACAGUGGCACACUUCCUGAAGGCUCCACGUCCCCCCUUGAUCCUAGUCGGAGGUCGGGGUCAUUAGUCUCAAUAUUACUGGCUACACGAACUUCUACUAUCGACACGAGCAAGUUUGUGAUUCAGGCGCAAGGCUACAAUCCUCUCCCCAAUAUCUUCGAGCCUGAUCCUAUUGACUAUGAUUGCAAGGGAUCGACAUUGUGUACGAACCCGGAUUUAGUGAAAUGGUGCGACCACGCCGUUAAUACGCUAUAUCGAUACGACGACCCCUACUACACGACCGAUGGGACCAACCCUACUGGAAAUUGUUGGGGUGACCAGACUCGAGGCUGUGGCGUCUUCAUUCAGGGCACCAAUUGCAGUAUUAGUGGUAACGACAUGUGGAAUGACUAUCAGAAUAUUCGCAACAUUGGUGGCUGUAAAAGAUGCGGCUCAUAUCACCGGGAGGAUGGCUGUCUGGUCACUAUCAACUAUGUCUAUCAAUGUGACAACCAUGAUUGA